GGCGGCGGAUACUCUACUGGAUCCCGGUGCUCUUCAUCGGCCUCCUGCUCGGCUGGUCCUACUACGCCUACGCUGGACAGCUCUGCGUGGUGUCAAUGGAAAAUAUUGGAGAACAAGUUGUAUGUCUCAUAGUAUAUCACUUGCUCUUUGCGAUGUUUGUCUGGUCUUACUGGAAAACCAUCUUCACGCUGCCGAUGAAUCCUUCAAAAGAAUUCCAUCUGUCCUACGCAGAGAAAGAGCUGCUGGAACGAGAACCUCGAGGGGAGACCCAUCAGGAGAUCCUUAAGCGCGCAGCCAGAGAUCUUCCCGUCUACACAAGGACCAUGUCUGGAGCAAUCCGAUAUUGUGACAGAUGCCAGCUCAUAAAGCCCGACCGAUGUCAUCACUGUUCCGUCUGUGAUAAAUGUAUUUUGAAAAUGGACCACCACUGUCCUUGGGUGAACAAUUGUGUCGGAUUCUCAAAUUACAAAUUUUUCCUCCUUUUCUUGGCUUAUUCCCUUCUCUACUGCCUGUUUAUCGCUGCAACCGAUUUACAGUAUUUUAUCAAGUUCUGGACAAAUGGCCUUCCUGAUACCCAAGCCAAGUUUCACAUCAUGUUCUUAUUCUUUGCGGCUGCCAUGUUCUCCGUCAGUUUGUCUUCUCUUUUUGGCUACCACUGUUGGCUGGUUAGCAAAAACAAGUCUACCUUAGAGGCUUUCAGAAGUCCUGUUUUUCGCCAUGGAACAGACAAGAAUGGCUUCAGCCUGGGAUUCAGCAAAAACCUGCGCCAGGUGUUUGGGGACGAGAAGAAGUAUUGGCCAUUACCCGUGUUCUCCAGCCUUGGAGACGGGUGCUCCUUCCCCACUUGCCUCGUGAACCAGGAUCUCGAGCAGCCAUCCACUCCGGCCGGACUGACCCCAGCCAUCAAAAACCUGGAAGGACACCAAUUUCCUUCAAAACCAUUAAGGGAGUCCCAGAGCCACCUUCUUACUGACUCUCAGUCUUGGACAGACAACAGCACAAAUCUUGACAAGGGCAAAGUAGGUGUGAGCAAUCCUGGGCUGACCAUAGAAAAUGAGACCUAGAGACUCUUCACACGAGCGUGAGGUCACAAUGCUGUGAUCACCAGAGGAGACGCUUCUACAGGGAAGGACGUCCCACGAUUGGCCCGUUAAUUCCAUUUACUCCUUGGGUAGACCUACUCAGACAGAAGAACAGAGAUGGUUCCUUCUCUGUGUCACUGCUUGAAACAUAACAGAACUGCAGAAGUUUUUGUAAAAUGUAAAGAAUGUUUCAACUAACACAAAUCCCUGCUGAAUGCUAAGAGGUCAGUGGUAGGUUAUGAGCUGAGGGGAAAGAAAGCUCUCCUCCCUUCCUUGUGAAUCUUGGAGGACAGAAUUCACCAUGGAGGGGACUUCACCACCAGGGGUUCAGAUAGCACAAUUUGUCAUCUAACUAGCUAAUUUGGCCAGCUGAUUUUCAAAUUCAAAACACUUUUAUGCCAGGCCAUCACUGGAAGGGAAGCAGGAUGUUACCACGAAGUCUGAGGGCCUGGGCUCCUCCUCUCCCAGCUCAGCCUCUUGUUACCAGGGUAACCCUGAGCAGGUUUCUGGGGCUCUGGCUGUUCAUCUGAAAACUGAGGGAAUCUGACUCUCGGGCCCCUUUCCAGGCCUUUCCAGUCUCACAGCUGUGCUGGGUGAGAAGAUAGAAGGAACGGCUCAGACCCACCCAGGGGCAUCCUCAGCCAACAGGAAAUGGUUCUGACAUUGGAGAGUCCGGUGAAAUAGAAUCUCCCCCAACAACUGUCUCCUCCCAUGCUCCAAAGGGCAUGUCUAAAUGAGGAGAUCCGAACCUAAACUGUGGACAAAGUCAACUGAGGACGGGAGCCAUUGUGAUGUAUCGUUCGUCACAUUGGCUUGAGAAUUAAUCUCCCCAUUUUUAGUCUUCCUAGAAUCACUAAAAAACAGCACCAUGAUGUCACAACCUUCAGGAGGCUAAAUGAAAUCCACCAACUAAACCUCUUUCUGAAUUUGUCUCUAACCUGUCUCUCCAGGUGGUACUGAACCCAGCCAAGAGGUUGCACUUCCCCCAGACUCUCUUGUGGGCCAAGAAAGGAAUAACCCCAUAGGGGCAUUGACGUCCUCUUCUGUCUUAGCAAAAUGGUGGUGGUGAGGCAAAGUCCAUCCUCGUGCUGCAUGUUGCAUAAUGGGGUUAUGCAGAGGCCCACAGAAAACUCUAUUUCUGGUCUGAGGUUGGGUUCAAAAUAAACUGAAAUGGCAUUUGUAUGAAGUAACUCGGAAGCAUUCUGCCCCACCGAGAAACCCUUGUGCCUUGGUAUGCACUAACUAUAGCCAGAAUAUUAAUUAGCGCAUUCUAUUUUGAGAGGUGAGCCCAUGAAUUUUAUAUGUGUUAGCAUUUUACAAUGACAGUUUUUAUUGCACUUACCCUGGAAAUUUCGUGUAGGCAGUCUGUUAAUAGGCCUGGAGUCCAAUUAGCAAGGAAAUGAUGAUGACCUGGAGCUCUCGCCCGUGUUUGCUUCGGCAAAGACACAAAGCCAUCCAUAGAAAACCAGGCAAGGUCUGGGGAAAGUGAGCUCACCGCAGGGCCCCUUCUGGCUUCAUUCCUGCCCAGUGAGAGCCUGAUGCUUUAUUCAAGCAGGGAGAGUUUAGAAAAGGCAUCAGAACCCCUCUCUUAGCAGAGCCCACUGUGCAGCCUUGCCUCGAGGUUUGGAGGGGGACUUCUGGGAGGAGGGGUGGGAACAUUUUCUUUCUCAUGUUCCUUUUGAGAAACAGUAAUGAUUUUGAUCUGAUGUACGAGGGUUUCCUCUGUGAAAUCUUUUCUCAGCAGAUGUUACAUCUUCAUUUUUAUUUUGGUGUAAAGGGUUUUGGUUUUUUCUACAAAGGAUUAUGGCUAUAAUUGAGAUUUCACCCACUUAGCACUUGCUGUCUGUUCUGGGCGGGUCCCACGUGGUGGGUGUGAUGGGUUGGGAAGGCCAUAUUGCAAAGGUCACAAUGGCGCCUGUUUGCUCUGACAAGAUUCAGUGGUGCGGUCACUCAGUGGCAGUUUUUGGAAGAAUAUGGUCCUUGUGAAAGAGGAUGACCGCUUUUUCCCCAUGACCUUUUGUUGUUGUUGGGUUUCACACUCAAGUAUUUUGCAUAACUACUCAACGCAGUUUAUCAUCACUAGAUACAUUAAUAAAAGGAGACUAUGGAGUUGA